UGAGACAACAACUUUCCAGCCCCCGCAGAGGUCAGUGUGUCGUCAUGGCUGAGCGCACUGCCCACAUGUGUGCCGUGUGGACAGCUGAGCCGCGGCGUCCUCUGUCAGCGACACACUUUAGAGGACAGGCUCUCCUCCUUUCAACCACUUUAUUGUUUAUUUUUUGCCGAUCAGGCUUUAAUUUAUAAAGGAUUUCCAAAGGCGACAGGAAGACACCUUCUCUCCAGAUGGAGCAUCCAGCCAAUCCGGGAGACAGCCCGGUGGAGUUGGAGUUAACGGUGGAGAAUGUGGAGUCGGCUCUCUACCAGCUGUACUUCGACCCGGACAUGGAGCGUAAGAAUGUGGCCCAGAAGUGGCUGACCCAGGCUCAGGCCUCGGCACAGGCCUGGCAGUUCUGCUGGGCCCUGCUGGCCCCUGACAAGCUCCCAGAGGUUCAGUUUUUUGGCGCUAGCACCCUCCACACCAAGAUCUCCCGUCACUGGAGCGACCUCCCCUCAGACCAGCACGACAGCCUGAGGAUGCAGCUCCUCUCCCACAUCCUGCUCUUCUCCUCCGGACCCAAAAUGGUGCUAACCAGGCUGUGUGUGGCCCUGGCCUCCAUGGCUCUUAACUUAAUCCCACAGGCUUGGUCCCAGCCAGUGGCGGACAUGGUGAGGGCCUUUCAGCCACAGAAGCCUGAUUCUGAGGGCAGCUCGGGCUCAGAGGCCACCCAGGACCCUCAGGCACACUGCCUCGCUCUGCUGGAGCUCCUCACCGUUCUUCCAGAGGAGUUCCAGAGCCGCCGGCUGGCUCAGGCUCGUCGUGCCCAGCUGAGAGAGGCCCUGGCUGGGGAGUGGGCAGUGGUGUGUCCCUUGCUGCGUCAGCUUCUCCAGAGUCAAGACUCCUCGAACCAGGUGAAGGAAAAGGUGCUGCGCUGCCUGUCCAGCUGGACGGGGCUGGACGUGACGUUAGGGGACAGUCAUGAGCUGGUCCAGGACUGUUUCACUGCGCUGUCCAACCCCGAGCUGUUCGACACCGCUGUGGAGACCAUCGUCACUGCCAUCUCACAGCCCGACAGCCAGAGGUACACUGAUGCUCUGGUGACCCUGAUGCCUCUGGUGCUCGGCCUCCAUGACCAGCUGAAGACAGCGGCGAGGGACGGGGACAUGGAGACCUCACAUGGUAUCUGUCGUAUCGCUGUUGCUAUGGGGGAAACACACUCCAGGGUUUUGUUGGAACAGGUGGAGCACUGGCAGGAGUAUCUGGCUCUGGUGAACAUGAUUCUGUUCUGCACCGGCAUCCCGGGGUACUACCCGGUCAGUGAGACCACCAGCUCCCUGACGCUCACCUUCUGGUACACUCUGCAGGAUGACAUCUUGUCAUUUGAUGAGGAGAAGCAGGCAGUUUACCUGCAGGUCUACAGGCCAGUUUACUUCCAACUGGUGGAUGUGCUGCUACAUAAAUCCCACUAUCCCUCCCAGGAGGAGUACGCCUCCUGGUCCUCUGACGACAAGGAGCAGUUCAGAAUUUACAGAGUUGACAUUUCCGACACCUUGAUGUAUGUGUAUGAAAUGCUGGGGGCGGAGCUGCUCAGUAACCUUUACGACAGGCUGGGCAGACAACUGAUGGACCCCCAACUGUCAGCAGUGUGGCAGGACACAGAGGCCCUGUUAUUUGGCUUCCAGUCCAUCGCUGAGACGAUAGACGUGAACUACUCAGACGUUAUCCCGGGUCUCAUUGGUCUCAUCCCCAGGAUCAACAUCAGCAAUGUAAUGCUGGCUGACACCGUCAUGUACACCAUAGGAUCCCUGGCUGAGUGGCUGGCAGAUCACCCCGUGAUGUUGGGUGGCAUAUUACCCAUGGUGCUUCAGGGCCUUGUGAAGCCAGAGCUGUCUGUGUCCAGUGUGUCCACUCUGAAGAGGAUCUGCAGGGAGUGCAGACAUGACCUCAGCCCCUACGCUCAGGACGUCCUGACCGUCUCACAGGAUGUACUCGUAAAAGAAAUCCAUAAGAGCAGCCAGUGCAUGUGGUUGAUGCAGGCUCUGGGUUUCCUCCUGUCCGCCCUGCCUGUAGACGAGAUUCUGGGCAGACUUCACUCUCUCAUUACCCCUCACGUCCAGCGGCUGGACACACUGGCCCAGCAGGAGCCGGACCCCACUAACAAACAGGCUAUAGUCCACAUCCUGGGGAUGCUGUCAAGCCUCUUCACCACUCUGGACAUCAGACACUCAGACAGCUCAGAGUCCGCCUCCAGCCAGAGACCCUCCGCCCCUCUGAGCACCCCCAACCCAGUAGUUGUUGUUCUGCAGCAAGUGUUCACAUUGAUCCAAACCAUCCUCAGCAAGUGGCUCGAUGACUCAGAGGUAGUAGAGGCAGUGUGUGGGGUCUUCGAUAAGUCGGUCCGAACUCUCCUACAUGAUUUUGGGCCGAUGGUGGCUCAUCUGAGCGAGAUGCUGGGGCAGAUCUACAGCGCCUACCCACAAUCCUCAGCUCUGGACCUUGCCCGGCAGAUGGUUCACAUAUUCUCCGGAGAGGAACAACACGUCUGUACCAUCAGGAGCCUCAUCGAGGUGUUGACAUCUGUGACACUUCAUUUAUUUCAGCAAGGUCCACGGAAUCAUCCUGAUAUCGCAGAAUCAUUUAUGCACCUUCACGCUCAGAUUCUUAAGAGGAAGCCUGAACUCUACCUGUCUGAGCAGCUCGAUGUUAAAGGGCUGUUUUACUGCGGGAUUCUAACACUUAAGUUUCCAGAGACACCCACAGUAAAAGCUGCUGCUCAAUUCUUUACGGAGCUGUUGCCUCGCUGUAAGGACAUGCCCUCCCUCGGGGAAGUGUUGCAGAGGGACGGAAAGCUUCUGACCGAGACCAUACUCCAGGCGGUAGGAGGCGAGUCCUCCCGCAGUCUGACGGAGCAUUUCUCAGAGGUGUUGUUGAGUCUGAACAGACACUGCCCGGCUCUGCUGGCUCAGUGGCUGAAGGAAACUCUACAGAGCCCAGGGUUCCCCUCUGCACACGUCUCCUCAGAGCAGAAGCACAGCUUCAGCCAGCAGCUACUGAGGGAGCAGACCAACAAGCGACGCGUUAAGGAGAUCGUGAAGGAGUUUUCUCUCCUCUGUCGGGGUCUGCAGGGGGCCGGAUAAUCCCAUAAAUAGACUGAGCUCGGAGCACUGCGCUCGGG